AUGGCAUCGAAUAAGACGAAAGAGGUCACCCAGGCUGGCCUCAGUCUGCGAUCUGGAGAUGCCAACCCAAAUCCAAUACGCCAUGGCAGUAUGGGCCAGGCAGAGCGUGCCUUCUCAGCAGCCUCAACUUUCAUGUCUGGCGUCAUGGCCAUAUCUGCAUCUCAAUUCAUUGGUGCACCGCUCAAGUUGAUCGAUGCCAAAUUCUACGAAGCUUACAUGGCGUGGACGAAAGAGUCUUUCGCCGUGCUGAUGACAACCAUCACACAAUGGUGGGCUCCUACUGUGGUGAGAGUCAGUGGAGAUGCGAGCAUGAAAGGGCAGCUCUUUCAGAUGGACGAUGGGACGCUGAAAUGCAACUUCCCGCAUAGACUCAUUCUCAUGGGCAAUCAUCAGUUGUACACCGACUGGCUGUACUUGUGGUGGAUAGCGUACACGAAUAAAAUGCAUGGCCGCAUAUACAUCAUCUUGAAGGAAAGUCUCAAGCAUGUCCCUAUCAUCGGCUGGGGCAUGCAAUUCUACAACUUCAUCUUCUUGAGUCGAAAGUGGGAACAGGAUCGAUACAAGUUCAAGCAGCAUCUCGACCACCUCAAGAAUCCCAAGGACCCAAUGUGGCUACUCAUCUUUCCGGAAGGCACGAACCUGUCGGAUGUAACGCGACAAAAGUCAGCAAAGUGGGCAGAAAAGACUGGAGUACCGGACAUGAAACAUCAGCUCUUGCCUCGAUCUACUGGACUUCAAUUCUGCUUGCAAGAACUUCGUAGUUCAACGAACUGGUUGUACGAUUGCACAAUAGCCUACGAAGGCGUUCCAAAAGGCAUGUAUGGACAGGACAUAUACACGCUGAAAUCGUCGCUGUUUGAGGGUCGGCCACCAAAGUCAGUCAACAUGUACUUUCGCCGGUUCAAGAUUGCCGAUAUACCGUACCAGGACGACGAGGCUUUCUCGAGAUGGCUUGUCAAUCGAUGGCGCGAGAAAGAUUACAUGCUUGACUACUUCUACAAGUUCGGCAACUUUCCAGCUGAAGAUCCGGCAAAGGCUAUGCUCGCAGUCGAAGGCAAGCGGAAACCAAAUCCAGCGAAGUCAAUCUCAACCUCGGUGAAGGGCGGAGGCUGGGACGAAUUUUUGAGCAUAUUCGGUCCUAUCACAACUGCUGCCGGUGCCAUGUCGAGCAUAGAUAUGACCGAUCCCCUCAACUUCGAUGAGAUGAUGAGAAAAGUGGCACAGUCACAACAAUUCAACUUGCUGAGCAUUGGCAAAGCUCCAAAAGGACCAGCGCAGCAGGAGGCGAUUCGAAAGGCGCUGCUUGCUGCCAACAAAAACAACCCACUGCCAAAUGCCGUGCUUGACAGAUUGCUGAAAUCACCGCCAAAGACCCAAGCAGAAAUGACACAGACGCUAAAGCAGUCUGGUUCUCCAGAAAUCGCAAAGAAAGCUGGCAAAGCACCUGUGGCAAACAGCGCCUUAUCAGACACGCAAAAGAAGACAAUAGCAACGACAGCACAGCAGAAUAGCACACCCAACGAGGCGCUGAGAAAAGACAUGCCACUGGUAAACAUGCAGAGUGCUAUCACCCGACCCGUUACAACUAUGGCUGUGCACGCUGCUGGCAAUCAGCUGAAGAAUAUGGCUGCACAGCGAGCGAAAUCCAAAGGAGCUGCUUUGCCAGGGCAAGCUGCUGCCGCUCUUCCCAAGACUGCGACCAAGACCCCGAACGGUACUAGCAAAGCGCCUGUUGCCGCGACGAAACCUGGAGGCCCGACAAAGGCAGCUUCCGCGACUGCUGCUCUGGCAAAGCUCCCAGUAACGAAUGCGUCAGCCCCUAAGAAGGCGGCCUCAGUCCAGGGAGCCCCGAAAGUCGUCGAGAGACGUCCGUCCACAUCAAAUGCCGCCAUUGCUGCGGCGAUGAGAAAGCAAGCAGCAUCGAAGAAGCACAAACCUAUCGGUACGCAGAAGUAUGUGAACGGCAAAGCUGUAGCCACGUAGCUAUUGGGACUCUGACGCAAGGUAAAUUGAUCAAGUAUGUAUUUCUAUUGCCGGCGAUUCGGCGCCAAAGUUGCCAGUAGGAGGUAUUGCAAGCUGAGGUUCAGCUUCACCUUGGCAAAAGCGACCAUCAAACUCAAAAGCACGGAGUCACGCAUGCUGAAGAGUCGCAUGCCAUUCGUAUGCAACCGGUGGCAAUGAACUUGAAG